UGUCUCCCGCCGCAGGAAGAUGAGGCAGCGCCGGCGGCUGCGGGCGUAGCGGGCCACCGCGGGCUCCGCCGCGCGCCGCCGCCUCUGCUACGGUCCCUUCCCGCGGGGCCUGCUCUGCGAGAAGCUCGAGAGAGGCCAGGCGACGCGAACGCGAGUGGGGAGAAGGAGGAGGAGGAAGGACGCGCGCCCCCGAGCCCUGCGCGCUCCCGCCGCCCACGCGCGACCCUCGGGGACGCGCCCGCCACCCCUUUUGUCCCCGGGGUCCCCGAGGGCGGUGGGCAGCAGGGAGCCCGGUGCAUGCCCCCGCCCAGCAGGGCUGUCUCUAGGCCUGGGGAACCCACCCCAGUUCCCACGCCUGCUGCCCUGCCGACGAUGAACCAGUCUCAAAGAAUGGCACCUGUGGGCUCCGACAAAGAGCUCAGUGACCUCCUGGACUUCAGUAUGAUGUUUCCGCCUGUGGCCAACGGGAAGGGCCGGCCUGCCUCCCUGGCCGGAACCCAGUUUGCAGGCUCAGGGCUUGAGGACCGUCCCAGCUCAGGCUCCUGGGGCAGCAGUGACCAGAACAGCUCUUCCUUCGACCCCAGCCGGACUUACAGCGAAGGCGCCCACUUUAGUGAAUCUCACAGCAGCCUGCCUUCUUCCACGUUCCUAGGAGCUGGGCUUGGAGGCAAGGGCAGUGAGCGGAGUGCCUAUGCCACCUUCGGGAGAGAAGCCAGUGUUGGGGCACUGAGUCAGGCUGCCUUCCUGCCGGGCGAGCUGGGCCUCAGCAACCCUGGACCACUGUCCCCAUCUGGUGUCAAGAGCGGCUCCCAGUAUUACCCCUCAUACCCCAGCAACCCUCGGCGGAGAGCUGCAGACGGUGGCCUGGAUACGCAGCCUAAGAAGGUCCGGAAGGUCCCGCCUGGUCUUCCCUCCUCUGUGUAUCCACCCAGCUCAGGUGACAGCUUCAGCAGGGAUGCUGUAGCCUACCCCUCUGCCAAGACCCCCAGCAGCACCUACCCUUCCCCCUUCUAUGUGGCAGACAGCAGCCUGCACCCCUCGGCAGAGCUCUGGAGUCCCCCCAGCCAAGCAGGCUUUGGGCCCAUGUUAGGAGAGGGCUCGUCCCCUCUGCCUCUCGCACCAGGCAGCGGUUCUGUGGGCAGCGGUGCCUUUGGGGGCCUCCAGCAGCAGGAACGCAUGAGCUACCAGCUGCAUGGAUCUGAGGUCAACGGCACGCUCCCAGCUAUGUCCAGCUUCUCUGCCGCCCCUGGCACUUACGGUGGCACUUCUGGCCAUACGCCUCCUGUGAGCGGGGCAGACAGCCUCAUGGGCACCCGAGGGACUACAGCCAGCAGCUCAGGGGACGCCCUUGGGAAGGCACUGGCCUCGAUCUACUCCCCAGACCACUCCAGCAAUAAUUUCUCGCCUAGCCCCUCGACGCCUGUGGGCUCACCCCAGGGCCUGCCAGGGACAUCACAGUGGCCCCGGGCAGGAGCCCCCAGUGCCUUAUCUCCCAGCUACGACGGGGGUCUCCACGGCCUGCAGAGCAAGAUGGAGGACCGCUUAGAUGAGGCCAUCCAUGUCCUUCGCAGCCACGCAGUGGGCACCGCUAGUGAUCUCCAUGGACUUCUGCCUGGCCAUGGGGCGCUGACCACAAGCUUCGCAGGCCCCAUGCCACUGGGCGGGCGGCACUCGGGCCUGGUCAGUGGAGGCCACCCUGAGGAUGGGCUCAACAGCAGUGCCAGUCUUUUGCAUAAUCAUGCCAGCCUCCCCAGCCAGCCCAGCUCCCUCCCCGAUCUCUCGCAGAGGCCGCCUGACUCCUACAGUGGACUCGGGAGGGCAGGCACCACGGCGGGAGUCAGUGAGAUCAAGCGGGAGGAGAAGGACGACGAGGAGAAUGCAUCAGUGGCCGACACCGAGGAGGACAAGAAGGACCUGAAGGCCCCACGCACGCGCACCAGCAGUACGGACGAGGUGCUGUCCCUGGAGGAGAAGGACCUGAGGGACCGGGAGAGGCGCAUGGCCAAUAACGCACGGGAGCGGGUGCGUGUGCGGGACAUUAACGAGGCCUUCCGGGAGCUGGGCCGCAUGUGCCAGCUGCACCUCAAGUCGGAUAAGGCGCAGACCAAGCUGCUGAUCCUGCAGCAGGCGGUGCAGGUUAUCCUGGGCCUGGAGCAGCAGGUGCGAGAACGCAACCUGAACCCCAAAGCAGCCUGCUUGAAGCGGCGGGAGGAGGAGAAGGUGUCUGGCGUGGUCGGGGAUCCCCAGCUGGCACUGUCCACUGCCCACCCUGGCUUGGGUGAGGCUCACAACCCACCCGGGCACCUGUGAGCCAUUGCAUGGAUCUCCGUGGGACCAGGGACCACCACACUCUGCCCGAGGUGCACCAGACGGUCCUGGAUGAGGCAGGUCUCCAGCAAGGCUCCACAGACACUGCAGGGCCUCGGGCUCCAUGGCAGCCCUGUGUCCUGGCCCCAGGAACCAAGCUGGGGGGGCUCUCCCCCAUCGAUUAUCCGAAACUGGAAACAAAAGCAGCAUGCUCACUUUUCAGAAAAGAAAAAAGAUGCCUUAACUGUGGCCGAAGGAAGAAUUGGACCGCACCCUAGUGAGGGGCGGCCGGGGACUGGUUCUAGUUCAGAGCCACCAACCAGCACAUCGUGCCUAAGCGUAUUUUUUUUUUUUAAGGAGAAUAAAAGAAGAUUAGUUAUCAGAUUUUUUUUAAUGUAGACAAAACUUAGUAAGAACGAGGCCUUCCGUGUCUUAUUACUUUUUUUUUAGCUUUCUUUUGCGUAUGUUUUGUAAGCAACAAAUUUUUGUAUAAAAGUCUCCUGUCUAUUGCUGUUUCUAGAA